CCAAUCACAGGCACUCAGAAGUCUCAUUCGUGGCCGACGCUCCAGUCAUGGCUGCCUCGUGGAGUUUCCGCCUCUGAGGCUCCUCUGGUGACCGCUUCGGACGCGCGCUUGUGUUGGCCGGCGACAGCUGCGCUUCUUCCUGUCCUUCUCUUCCUGUCGCUUGGCAUCGUGCAAGGCCAUGGGGACAGUGUACGCACGGAGCUGCCAGCCAAAACUCAGGCCUAUGAGCUUGGAGCCUCUUCCAAUGAAUGGUCCUGAUUUUGGCACUAUAGGGGAAGAAGCUGAACUAGUUGAAGUUGAACCUGAAACUAAACAGGAAAUUCUUGAAAAUAAAGAUGUUGUGGUUCAGCAUGUACACUUUGAUGGACUUGGAAGGACAAAAGAUGAUAUUAUCAUGUAUGAAAUUAGUGAUGUUUUCAAGGCUAAAAACCUCAUUGAUGUGAUGAGAAAGUCACAUGAAGCUCGUGAAAAGCUUCUCCGCUUGGGAAUUUUUAGACAGGUGGAUGUUCUAAUUGAUACAUGUCAAGGAGAUGAUGCCCUUCCAAAUGGUUUAGAUGUAACAUUUGAAGUAACUGAACUGAGAAGAUUAACUGGAAGUUAUAACACUAUGGUUGGCAAUAACGAAGGGAGCAUGGUACUUGGGCUCAAACUCCCUAAUAUCUUUGGACGUGCUGAGAAGGUGACAUUUCAGUUCUCUUAUGGCACAAAGGAAACUUCAUAUGGCCUGUCUUUCUUCAAACCACAGCCUGGUCACUUUGAAAGAAACUUUUCUCUCAAUCUGUAUAAAGUAACUGGACAGUUUCCUUGGAGUUCUCUUCGUGAAACAGACAGAGGGAUAUCAGCAGAUAUCAAUUUUCCAGUAUGGAAAACCAACCACACACUAAAAUGGGAAGGUGUCUGGAGAGAACUUGGCUGUCUUGCAAGAACUGCAUCAUUUUCUGUUCGAGAAGAAAGUGGACACUCACUCAAGUCUUCUGUAUCUCAUGCUAUGGUCAUUGAUUCUCGAACCUCUUCAAUCAUGCCCAAACGAGGUGCUUUGCUGAAAAUAAAUCAGGAGCUGGCUGGUUAUAUAGGUGGUGAUGUGAGAUUUCUAAAAGAGGACUUUGAACUUCAAUUGAAUAAGCAGCUCCUGUGGGAUUCAGUUUUCUCUGCUUCUCUGUGGGGUGGAAUGUUGGUUCCUAUUGGAGACAAACCUUCCAGUAUUGCUGAUAGAUUUUAUCUUGGUGGACCAACAAGUGUGCGUGGAUUCAGUAUGUACAGCAUUGGACCGCAGAGUGAAGGUGAUUACCUGGGAGGUGAAGCUUAUUGGGCUGGAGGUCUACAUAUGUACACUCCUCUCCCUUUUCGGCCAGGUCGAGGGGGAUUUGGAGAUCUUUUUCGAACACACUUUUUUCUCAAUGCUGGCAAUCUCUGUAACCUUAACUAUGGUGAAGGUCCUAAGGCUCAUCUUCGUAAACUAGCAGAGUGUAUCCGAUGGUCUUAUGGUGCUGGAAUUGUUCUCAGGCUUGGAAACAUUGCUAGAUUAGAACUCAACUAUUGUAUCCCUAUGGGAGUACAAAUUGGGGACAGAAUAUGUGAUGGAGUUCAGUUUGGAGCUGGAAUACGAUUCCUGUAAUGUCAGAAUCAUUUCACAGUGCUGGCCCCAAAAGAACUCAUGGAUUCAAGUACAGAACAGUGAUGUCCCAGAUAAUAUUGAAGGAGAUAUGUAUAAGGGACAAACUUCAAUAAAGAAAAUUGUUAAAAAGGAA